AUGUAUAAUUCUGGUACAACCUGUGCUAUGAUAUUGGUGUAUGUUGGUGAUAUCAUAAUCACAGGUAACAAUGCUAUUUUUGUUAAUCAGCUUAUUGGUAAUUUGAACCAACAAUAUUCUCUUAAGGAUCUUAGUGAUUUACACUUCUUUCUUGGAAUUGAAAUUCAUAGAUGUGAAGGUGUUAUGCAUCUAACUCAGAGUAAAUAUAUUAGAGAUCUAUUGCAGAAAACCAAAAUGGAUGGUGCUAAAGAAGUUUCUUCUCCCAUGUUAACUGGUAGACAGCUAUUCCUAUAUGAUGGUGACUUGUUUGACAAUCCUGAGCUAUACAGAAGCACCAUUGGAGCACUUCAGUAUCUCACAAUAACUAGACCAGAAAUCUCCUGUUCAGUCAACAAAUUAAGUCAGUUUCUUCAUGCUCCUACCACAGAUCAUUGGGAGACUUGCAAGAGAUUACUGAGAUAUCUAAAAGGUACAAUUCAAUAUGGUCUUCAACUACAAGCCUCAAACCAGUUAGUUCUCCAUGCUUUUGCAGAUUCAGACUGGGCUAGUAAUCCCAAUGAUAGAAAAUAUACAAGUGGUUAUUGUAUUUUUCUGGGGGCAAGCUUAAUUUCUUGGAGCUCUAAAAAGCAACAUGUGGUUGCAAGGUCCAGUACAGAAGCUGAGUACAGGGCUUUAGCACAUGUCACAGCUGAGUUGUGUUGGUUGAGGAAUCUUAGUCAAGAACUGCAGUUUUUGUUUGACAAACCAAUAAUAUGGAGUGAUAAUAUUGGUGUAGCACUAUUAGCUUCUAAUCCUGUACAUCAUGCCCGAGUCAAGCAUAUUGAGAUUGAUUUGCACUUUGUUAGAGACAAGGUUUUAGAUAAAGAGCUUGAGAUUUGUUAUGUGCCUUCAAAGGAGCAAAUUGCUAAUAUUUUUACUGAAUCAUUGGUGGAUGAAAGGAAGUAUUGUGGAGUACUAUUGUGGAGUACUGUCAAGUUCAAUUCUGGAAGCAUUGUGGAAUACUGUCAAGUUCAGACUCAUACGGUGGGAUCUCAAUCCCGUUUGUCUUGGCAAAGAAUUAAGGAUCCUGGUGUAGAUUUGGAAAGUUGCAUUUUAUGCCAUGAUGUAAUGCUAUAA